AUGUCCCAAGUAGUGAGUUGUGGUGAGAUGGAACCAAACAGGUGGUCAAAGCUUCCUUCAGAUCUCAUUCAGAUGGUUUUAGAACGUCUUGGCUUUGCAGAUUUUCAAAGGGCUAAAUCUGUUUGUUCAUCUUGGCACUAUGCAUCCAAAAAAUCUUCACCAAAAAAUCAAAUCCCUUGGUUGAUUCUAUUUCCAGAAAAAGGUAAAGAUUACUGUCUCUUGUUUAAUCCCGAGGAAAAAAGAGACAAGUUAUAUAGACUUCAAAACCUAGGUGUCAACUUUUCAAAUAGUAGUUGUUUGGCUACUUAUGGAAGCUGGCUCUUGAUGCAAGACGAUCAUCAAUACAAUCUAUUAUACAUUUUGAAUAUAUUCACCUGUGAGAAGAUCGAUCUGCCUUCAAUGAAGUCUCAACUUAGCAUUGUAGAGAGUGAAGAUGAUAUGUUUCUUGUAAAACUGGAUAACAACAGAGAUGUUUCAUUCUGGUUCGACGAGAAAACCAAAGAUUAUGUGGUUAUAUGGAUAAUCCAGCCCCGAUUUAUGGUUUACUCCAGAAAAGGUGAUAAAUAUUGGAAACAAAUUGAGCUUUUCAACUUUGCUUUUGACAUGGUAUACAAAGAUGAUCAACUUUACUUGUAUACUAGUUCUCGUGAUGUCAAAGUCUUUGAUUUUUCUCAAGAUAUCCCGCGACAAAUCUUUGAGACGCAAGUUAACUAUGAUUAUUCGAGAAAGCAAGAGGAUGUUUUCUACUAUGAUGGUCUUCAAGUAGGGAAGAUCAAGAAUGAAAAUCUUGUAGUCAGAGUGACUGGUGAAGUUUUGAGGGUUAAGAGCAUAGUUUUGUGCAAUUCUGAUGUUUGGCACUUCCGCAUCUACAAGAUGGAUUCAUCAAAUAGUGAGUGGGAGAAACUUGAUUCUUUGGGAGAGGAAGAAGCUAUAUUUUUGGAUCUUGGUAUCACCGUGCUUGCCAACACCAUCCAAGGAGUCAAUGGAAAUUCAAUAUAUUUCAGUGGCAAUCAUAAUAACUAUUGUGAUUCUGAUUUGGGUCAUUUUUGGAGUGAAAAAGAUAUACUUAUCUUCAAUCUUGGCACACAAGAAAUUGAAAGACCACAUCCAAGUAUCUUUUUGCCUAUUCAGUUAUCUAAUGCUCGGUGGUUUGUCCCAAAUUUCAAACAAAUGUGA